AUGAUAUUACGGCAUGAAAGGGAUGCAAUAACGUCUUGGAGAGAGGUCAUUGGUCCCACUCAACCGAUACGAGCAAAGAGAACGCCUCCAUCGUCUUCUCUUCGUGCUCUGUAUGGGAUCAGUGAUACUCGAAACUCCUUCCAUGGUUCAGACUCUCCGGAAUCUGCCAAAGAAGAGAUCGAAUUCUUCUUUCCAGAACGUUCUCAGAUCCUUUAG